CACGUGGUGCCGUUGCUCGGAGAAACCAGGGGAUCGAGCCGGAGUGUGUCCGCGGCCUGGACCUGGGAGAUCGGACCGCAGUGAGUGCUGUUCAGCUGCAUGUGUGUUGGCCAACAUCAACAUGGAAUACAUGACAGAACCUGCUGCAAGCACCCAGGGACAGAUUCUGUGCUGCCAGUGUGGUAUCCCCAUUUCUCCAAAUCCUGCAAAUAUGUGCGUUGCCUGCUUGCGUGCACAAGUUGAUAUCACAGAAGGAAUCCCUAAACAAGUAAAUGUUCAUUUCUGCAAGCAAUGUGAAAGAUAUCUUCAGCCACCGGGAACUUGGAUGCAAUGCGUUUUGGAAUCAAGAGAACUCUUAGCUUUGUGCCUUAAGAAACUAAAAUCUCCUUUGACCAAAGUACGUCUAAUUGAUGCUGGCUUUAUUUGGACUGAGCCUCAUUCCAAGAGACUAAAGGUGAAACUUACUGUUCAAAAGGAGGUAAUGAGUGGAACAAUCUUGCAGCAGGUUUUUGUGGUUGAUUUCAUCAUCCUGCCACAGAUGUGUGGUGAUUGUCACCGUGUUGAAGCUAAAGACUAUUGGAAAGCGGUAGUACAAGUUCGACAGAAGACUCCACACAAGAAAACAUUUUAUUACUUGGAGCAAUUAAUCCUUAAACAUAAGUUACAUCAAAACACGCUUCGUGUCAAGGAAAUACAUGAUGGUCUGGAUUUCUAUUAUGGUUCCAAGCAACAUGCUCAGAAGAUGGUGGACUUCCUUCAGUGUACAGUUCCCUGCAAGUACAAGGCAUCUCAACGUCUAAUCUCCCACGAUGUCCACUCUAACAGUUAUAAUUACAAAAGUACAUUCUCUGUGGAAAUUGUUCCUGUUUGUAAGGACAAUUUGGUAUGCUUGCCAUUACGACUAGCACACAGCCUUGGAAACAUAAGUCAGAUCUGUGUGUGUGUUCGGGUGACUAGUACAAUACACCUCAUUGAUCCUAACAGCUUGCAGAUUGCUGAAAUUGAUGGAUCUACUUAUUGGCGCUACCCCUUUUACAGCCUCUAUCAGCCUGGACAGCUGGAGGAGUUUAUUGUAAUGGAUAUUGACAUAGUUGGAGACUGCAAGCGUGUUCCUGGUGCAGGCACAAUAUCCACCAGACACACAUUGGCUGAGGUCUGGGUACAGAAAACAUCAGAGAUGAACACUAACCAACAGUACCAUUGCCGUACUCAUUUGGGGCAUUUGCUUAAUUGCGGGGAUCUGGUGAUGGGGUUUGAUUUAGUUAAUUCAAACCUCAAUGAUGAGUGUGUGAACAAAAUGAAUGCUCAACAUAUUCCUGAUGUGGUAUUGAUUAAAAAGAGCUAUGACCGGGGUAGGAGGCAACAUCGGAGGAACUGGAAGCUUAAAGAAUUGGACAAGGAUCAUGACGACAUGGGCACAGAUGAUGAAAGGCAAUACUUGGAAUUCCUUGAAGACCUUGAAGAUGAUGAUAUCAUUAGGAAGAAUGUCAAUAUCUAUCGUGAUUCAUCAAAAAUUCCAGUUGAAAGUGAUACUGAUGACGAUGGUGCUCCUCGGAUCAGUUUAGCAGAGAUGCUGGACGACCUUCAUAUUUCUGUUGAUGCCACAGGCGGUGAAGGAGCAGAUAUGAUUGAAUGAGUGAAGGAAACCUUCCUGAUAUUAAGCAGAUUAAUAUGCUCAUAAUAAUGGUAACAUUAAAUAUGUUAUAUCUCAUCUGAUGCAUUUACUGGGGUUUAGUAUACAUUAAGUUUUGACCUUUUCCCAUACUCUGAAGCAUCAAAACUCAGAUGUCAAGAACUGCUUCAAGUCUUGCCAGCAGUUAAUAUGCUCUUAUUCUGAAAAUAACAUUUAAUCUUGGAAUUGAUUGAAGUCAAGUAAAUAAAUUAAUUUCUAGGUAAUGACUUGCUCCCUGUUCGCUUAACUCAAGUGAGACAUGAAUUAUAAGUACAUAUUGUAUAAUCUCGAUCAAUCUGGAAUUAGAAUGUAGGCAAGUGUUGUGCAUCCUUACAUAUGUAACUUCAUUUCUGCUGAACCUUUGAGACUUCCAUUUAAAACGUAUUUGCAAAGUAUCUGCUUAUUACCAAGGAUUAAGUUAAGAGUUGUUUCCAUGUGCAAAGAUUUUAAGAUAAUGUUUCUGGAAUCUGUUUACAAUAUCAAAUACUAAAAAUUCUAUAUGUGCUCUUUACGGCAGAUUUGCUGAAUCAUGGAGGUUAUGAAUAUGGCUAAUUCCUAAUUAUAU